UGUGUGUGUGUGUGUGUUGUUGUUGGGGCCUCCGGCUGCAUAGUCCACAUUUCCCAGGCGCAUCAUCAGAGCUGACGUGGGCUCUACGUGUGCAGCGAGUCGGGCUUCCUCUGCGCCCGUAACGAGUGACGAGACUCUACGUAAAAGUCGGGGCCGAUCGCCAUGGAAACUGCAACCUUAGUGCAACAGGAAGCGAGUGCAACUGAGAAAGUAACAAGUGAGAUGAAUGAGGGUGUGUCUGUGGUUUCAUUACCUGAUGGACAGACACUACAGAUGCAGGGAGUCAUCCAAACCACACAGCCAUCUGUUAUCCAGUCACCUCAGAUACAGACCGUGCAGGUAGCUGUUGAUACUGGUGGAUCAGGUACAACACCGUCAGAUCCUCAGAAGAGAAGAGAGAUUCUGUCCAGACGACCAUCUUACAGGAAAAUUCUUAACGAGUUGUCGUCAGAUGUGCCUGCUGUGCCUAAGAUCGAGGAAGAAGAGAAAGUGGAGGAAGAAUCCCCGGCCACCUCCAGCGUUGCUACAGUGACGGCACCAUCUUCUAUCUACCAGACUAGCUCAGGGCAAUACAUUGCAAUCACUCAGGGUGGAGCGAUACAACUGGCCGGUCCUGGAGGUGAGGCCCUGCAGGGGGUCCAGGCUCUGACUCUUCCCAGCCCUGCCACACCGCAGCCUGGGGCCACUAUCCUGCAGUACGGUGCCCAGCCUGGAGACCCCAGCCAACAGCUACUGCUCACCGCUGGACAGGUGCUCGUUCAGGCUGCCACAGGAGACAUGCCAGCGUAUCAGAUCCGCUCCCCGUCAUCAGGGUUACCACCAGGCGUUGUUAUGGCAGCAUCACCCGGGGCCAUGCACAGCCCACAGCAGAACGCAGAGGAGGCCACACGCAAGAGAGAAGUCCGCCUGAUGAAGAACAGGGAGGCAGCGCGCGAAUGUCGCAGGAAGAAGAAAGAAUACGUCAAGUGCUUGGAGAAUCGCGUCGCUGUGCUGGAAAACCAGAACAAGACUCUCAUAGAGGAGCUCAAAGCUCUUAAAGACAUCUACUGCCACAAACCAGAAUAACCCUCACAAACACUGCUCAAGGACUGUGUGAUUCACACACUACCUGUCUCUUCUCUUCUUCUGUUGCAUCGCCUGGAUUUUAGCUUUUUUUUUUUUUUGUUCAAUUGUUUGGCCAAAUGUUUUUUAUAAGAAGUCGCUAAUGUUGCUUUGAGGAUGCUCCUCACACACACAUACACACACACACACACAUACAUUUUAAGAUGGGUGUAUACUAUUGCUGUUCUCUGUAUUUAAAAAAAACUGGAACUCUUAAUUGAUUUGUGUGGAAAAAUAUGUUUUCUUUUUUAGAUUUAAAUCAGAACAAGCUAAGGAAACGGCUACACACUGCACACAUAAACAGCAUUUUUGGUAUGCACAGAAUUCAGCUGUAAAUAUAAAGAAAAUAAACUGUAAUUCCAUCCGAAGCAACAUAAAAUGUUGCAUUAAUAGCAGCCACAAUCUAUUCAGUAAACCUGAUUGACUACAUUUUGCAUUUCAAUUUUUAAGUUAAUAAAAAGUAAUUUUCUUCAUGUAAGAUUUCAAACAAGUUUGUACGUUCCGAUAUGAAUUUUGCAAUUUGUGGUUCUUAAAAAAGAAAAAGACUUAAUGUAGUACAUCGGAAAUCAAUAUAUUUAUAGUCUCAGCUUUAGCUGAUCCUGUUUAUGUGUGCAGCGUUAAAUGCAAAAUUGUUAAAGCACUUUCCACUCAUUUUUUAAAUCUAAGUUUAAUUAUGUACACUAGAUUGAGCUGUUUGGAGUUGUUGAUUAGUCAUUUAAGCUCAUGGCUGAAUGUAACAGUGACCUAAAAUUUCACCAAGAAACGUGACAUAAUGUUGGUGAUUACAUAAUGUUGACAUAAGUGUUUAAACGGAUAGUUCACUCAAAAACGUACAGUUUGCGUACUUACAUUGUGUAGACCAAACCAGUUCUUCAAAAUACCUUCUUUUGGUUUCUGCAAGAGAAAGUCAUACAGGUUUAGAAUUACGUGAGGGUAAGUAAAUAAUCUGAAUGUUAAUUUUAUGGAUAAACUAUCUCUUUAAGACUGCUCCUAACUACAGGUUUUUUAUAUAGCACUCUUUUAUUCAGUUUGUAGCAUAAGCACAACUCUGUCAAUUGUUUCAUGUCUUGGUAAAAAAUAUGUUUUACUAUACCAUCUCUAUAUUCAGAGACAAACUAUAAAUGAAUCAUUUGCAGGUUGAUUUCUCUGUUUGUUUGCACCCAAGCAGCGACAUUGGCACAACCGAUGGAGUGAUUUUGAGGCGGAUCUAUCUGUUAAUGAAAGGUGCGGGGAGUGUUUUGGAAACCCGUUUGAACAUGUUUAUUAAUUUUGAUCAAAUCCUUUUCGCAAAGCUAGAAGCUGGGAAAUUACUCUUUAGCUUUAAUGCUGCAUCCGUUUGUGCUCCAUAUAACGUGAGGAUAAGUACAUGGGUUUUGCAUGAAAAAAGAAAAAAGGUGUAACAUUAUGAAUUGUCAACAUGAUACUUAAGUAGAUGUCACAAAUGUUGCUUUUCAUGCAAUAUUGUAUAUUUUAAAUCGCAGUCAUUUGUAUUUUAUUGUUUAUGAAUGUAAAAGAGACCUGUGAAAGAAAAGAGGCUUUUGUAAGUAAUAAGAAUGCAGAUUCUCUAAAUCAGAAAAGUGGCAUUAACUGAACAGAAUUCCUCAUAUUUCUGCUGUUAGGAUGCCAGUGUGUGUGUGUGUGUGUGUGUGUAUUUAUCUUCUGUUUUCUCAGACUCAUUUCUGUGUCUCUAUGAUGUACUAUUCUAUGAAGUCUGGGCAAGAAAAUGGAUUUGUUGAUUUAAUAUUUAAAUAGCUUAUGUUUUCAGUUAAUCUCUCAAUUAGAUUGUAUGCCCUGUUCUUCUUUAACACUGUACAGAACGCUGACAUUUAUUUUUAAUAAAAUAUUUUUGUAAAUGUA